UAUCCAAACGCAAACCGCAUUGGAUAAAGAAACAGUGACAGAUUUGCUUAGCCUCUUCACACUGCGCAGAGCAGAGCUCCACCGCGCGAGACGAGAGUCAACCUAGAAUCCGAAAUGUCGACGGAAGACAGCCAUGGCAUCGUUUCCGAUUUCAUCGACUUCCUGAACGCUUCUCCCACCGCUUUCCACGCCGUCGAUGAGGCCAAGAAGCGGUUGCGAAACGCCGGAUACGAACACCUCUCCGAGAAGGAAGUGUGGGAACUGAAACCAGGGAGCAAGUACUUCUUCACCAGAAACCACUCCACCAUCGUUGCCUUCGCCAUCGGCAAAAGGUAUGUUGCUGGAAAUGGAUUUCACUUGAUUGGGGCUCACACUGAUAGUCCUUGUCUGAAACUGAAGCCGGUAUCCAAGGUAGUUAAAGGUGAGAUUUUGGAGGUUGGUGUUCAAACUUAUGGAGGUGGCUUGUGGCACACGUGGUUCGAUAGGGACUUGACUGUGGCCGGGAGGGUCAUUGUAAGGGAAGGGAAUAAUGCUGGUUACUCACAUCGACUUGUUAGAAUUGAUGAACCCAUAAUGCGGAUCCCGACUUUGGCCAUUCACUUAGACAGGGAUGUUAAUGAUGGAUUCAAAGUAAACAAGCAGACUCAUCUUCUUCCCAUUCUCGCAACAGCGCUGAAGGCAGAGGUUAAUAAAGUGUCAUCUGGAAAUGGUCCAGUUGAAAGUGGAAAGCAGAGUGAUGGAAAGAAAGAAAAUGAUAAAUCAAAGCACCACCCUAUUCUUCUACAGUUGCUUGCAAGCAAGCUUGGGUGUGAACCUGAUGACAUCUGUGAUUUUGAAUUGCAAGCAUGUGAUACGCAACCAAGUAUAGUUGCUGGAGCUGCUAAGGAAUUCAUAUUUUCAGGAAGGCUUGAUAACCUCUGCAUGUCAUUUUGCUCAUUGAAGGCAUUAAUAGAUGCUACAUCCUCCGACAGCAGUCUUGAGGAAGAGACUGGUGUUAGAUUGGUGGCUUUGUUUGACCAUGAGGAAUGUGGAUCUAAUUCUGCUCAAGGAGCUGGCUCUCCUGUCAUACUGAAUGCUUUGACUAGGAUUACAAAUUCCUUCAGCUCGAAUUCGAAGCUUCUUGAGACAGCAAUACAAAGAAGCUUCCUUGUAUCUGCUGAUAUGGCGCAUGCUCUACACCCCAAUUACAUGGACAAGCAUGAAGAAAACCAUCAGCCUAAACUACAUGCAGGACUUGUUAUUAAAAACAAUGCUAAUCAACGCUAUGCAACCAAUGCUGUCACAUCCUUCAUAUUCAGGGAAAUAGCAUCAAAGCAUAACCUUCCCGUUCAGGACUUUGUGGUGCGCAAUGACAUGGCUUGUGGUUCAACCAUCGGUCCUAUCCUUGCAAGUGGCAUGGGCAUUCGCACAGUUGAUGUUGGUGCACCGCAGUUGUCAAUGCAUAGCAUUCGAGAAAUGUGUGCUAUUGAUGAUGUGAAUUAUUCAUACAAGCAUUUCAAGGCCUUUUUCCAAGAGUUCUCUCAUCUAGAUGCUAAGAUUGUGGUGGACAUAUAGGUUCUCUCCACUGAGAAAUUGCUCAUCAAUCCUUUGCUCUAGAUACCAGGAAACGUUUGAUGUUUGAUAUUUGACACGACGUAGCUUGAGUUACCAUCAAAUGUCAUGUUCGGAUGAUAUAGAUUACUAUGGUUUAAUCCAAUGCAAAAGUAACUUUCUUUGA